AUGACAGACUUCUUACUCUCUCAACCAUUCAAGCUACCAUGCGGUCUCACCCUGCCCAAUCGUCUCGCAAAGGCGGCUCUGGCAGAAGAAAUCGCAGAUUGUCAACAUCUUCCUACAACAACAGCAUUAGAAAAUGCAUACGGCGCCUGGGCUGAUGGAGGUUGGGGAAUGGUCAUGACCGGUAAUGUCCAAGUUGACGAGAAGUAUCUCGGUGGACAUCGUGAUUUGGCUGUUAGCUCUGAUCUUUCCGAGGAAAAGGUCCUGGAGGCUUAUAAGAAGUUUGUGGGAAUUAUGCGACGAAAGGGGACACCGGCGAUUAUGCAGAUUAACCAUCCUGGUCGACAAUCACCUCUUGGAGCUGGCAAGAAGGCGUUUAUGGAUAAGAAUCUUGCUCCUAGCCCUAUCCAGCUGAAUAUGGGCGAUGAUUUUCUUGCCAAGAUUAUUACGAACGUUGUUUUUGGUACACCGAAGGAAAUGUCUCUCGAAGAGAUUGAAGAUGUUGUCCAGAGCUUCGCCAGGACAGCUCGACUCGCGUCUCAAGCCGGCUUUGACGGUGUUGAAAUUCACGCUGCGCAUGGUUAUCUUCUCUCUCAGUUCAUGUCAGAGAAGAGCAACAAGCGAACGGACCAGUACGGAGGAUCGCCUGCUGCACGAGCGAAAAUCAUCGUUGACGUCGCAAAGGCUAUUCGUGCUGCGACACCGGCGGGUUUCUGCGUUGGAUUAAAGUUCAACUCUGCGGAUCACCAGUCUCCUAAGGAGCUUGAAGAGGUUCUCGAACAGAUUACGCUUAUUGCUGAGGUUGGCCUUGACUUUUUGGAAGUCAGUGGUGGAAGUUACGAGAACCCAUCCAUGUUCACAGGAACUGGCGAAAAGAAAGCCGCAAGCACAGCAGCCCGAGAAUCCUUCUUCCUCUCCUUCGCCCACGAAAUGCGCGCCAAGGUUCCCAACGUUCCUCUAAUGGUAACAGGCGGUUUCCGUACGAGGGCAGGCAUGGAAGCAGCCCUUCGCGAAGGCGCUUGCGAUCUGAUUGGCCUUGGCAGACCUGCUAUUAUCAACCCUCUCUUACCUUCAACUAUUAUUCUUAACAAGGAGGUUACGGAUGAUGAUGCUAAGCUUUAUGCUAAGAAGAUCCAAACGCCCUGGUUUUUGAAGAGAUUUGGACCGAAGAGUAUCGGAACUGGAGUUGAACUUACUUGGUAUAGGAAGCAGUUGCAGUCGAUCGGGAAGUGA